AUGGCUCGUACCAAGCAGACCGCUCGUAAAUCCACUGGAGGAAAAGCACCUAGGAAGCAGUUAGCUACGAAAGCUGCACGUAAAAGUGCCCCGGCUACCGGAGGAGUCAAGAAACCUCAUCGCUACAGGCCUGGAACCGUUGCUCUCCGGGAAAUUCGCCGUUAUCAGAAAAGUACUGAAUUGCUGAUCAGAAAACUUCCAUUCCAGCGCUUAGUUCGUGAAAUCGCUCAGGAUUUCAAGACCGAUUUGCGUUUCCAAAGUUCAGCAGUAAUGGCUUUGCAAGAAGCCAGUGAGGCCUACCUGGUGGGUCUUUUCGAGGACACUAACCUUUGCGCCAUCCAUGCCAAGCGAGUGACCAUCAUGCCCAAAGACAUCCAAUUGGCCAGACGUAUCAGAGGCGAACGUGCUUAA